UUUCGUCACUACGUGUGGGUUGCAAGCAGGUUGCAAGGACAUAUGACAGCAUUGGUGGCUUAAAUGACAGGGUAUGGAUAGUUCAUAUUCAUAAUGUUGGAUUACAUGGUAUGGGCAGAGGGCUCUGGUAUGGACUCUACUUCACUACUUCACAUGCUGCACUCUGCACAUUAGCCAACAUCGUUUGAGGAGAAGCUAAGUCAUCACUAAAUUAGCUGCUACUACUAUGAUCUCUCAGUCCAGCAGGCAAUUCCUUAUCCGGAUAGCCGGGUAUUGGAAACCUCUUUUCAAAGGCAGAUAUCUUAUAGUCACUAACACAGUGAGUUGUGGGGCUAUGCUUGCUGCUGGGGACUUACUUCAACAAUCAAGAGAAAGAAGGGGGAAUCCAGACAGACCUCGCAACAACUGGACUCGGACAGGUUGUAUGUUUGCUGUGGGAUGCUCAAUGGGUCCCUUCAUGCAUUUUUGGUACGGGUGGUUAGACAAGGUCUUCGUGGGAAACGCGUUGCCCACUGUAAGCAAGAAAGUUCUGAUCGACCAGCUGGUGGCAUCUCCUACUAUGGGUUUAUGGUAUUUUGUUGGUAUGGGUGUGAUGGAGGGUCAUACUUUGAUAGAGGGAUUUGAAGAAUUCAAGGGGAAGUUCUGGGAGUUCUACAAGGCUGAUUGGUGUGUUUGGCCAGCUGCUCAGAUGAUUAAUUUCUACUUCCUGCCUGCAAAGUUCCGUGUAAUCUACGUGAACAUUAUCACUCUGGGAUGGGACACCUACCUCUCUUACCUGAAACAUAGAGAAUCUGUCCAAGCAGUUAUGGAUACAAGUGAGGAACAAGAAGAGAAGACAGCGGAUGAUGGACCUUUGACUCCUGUAAAUCCAUUAGCUGAAGAGCUUUAGCAAGCUUUAGUACUAUUGCUUAUCUGUUAUGAAAUUCUGCAAACAUUUCCUUGUCAGUAGUUUGUUAUCACUGUGAAGGAGGUAUGUUUGUGUGUGUGUGUGUGUGUGUGUAAGAGAGAGAGUGUGUGUGUGAGAGAGAGUGUGUGAGAGAGAUUGUAUUUCUGGCACUCCUAGUAUCUCCUCUUGAACAGACUCAGAACAGACUAUUCUCAUUCAUUUUAAAAUAUAUUUUAUAUGUACUGGUUUUGGUUUAUUAUUUAUGAGUAAUUUUGUACUUUAUAAUUUAUUAAUGUUAUGAUGGGUAACUGUGUGGUUUAGAAGGUAUUUUUCAAAGAGAUCCAAGAAAUUAUUUUACUGUAAUAACUCCAGCUUACUCUUGUCUAUGACCACACCUACUGCAAUGUUAAUAAUGAAUUGUAUUAUCUUGUGUAAACCAUUUGCUUGAUACCCUUUGAUUGCCUUAUUACCAAUGAAGUACUCAAUGACUUUU